CGCAUCUGGCCACUUCGAGGAUUUCCCUUGCAAGCUUGGCUCCUCGCUUUGAGCCGAAGUUGUCGGCGCCAUUCCCGUUUGUGCGGUGUACCUGGUCUUUCUGCCAUUUGCCUCCAAAUCCUUCCUCUUCAAGUUUCGGUUCUCCUUUACGAGCCGCAGUUUUGAUGCGCCACCCCAGUCGCCGGACUUCCUGACGUUCAUCGGCGCCUACAUGUUCUUCACCCCACGCGGGUGGCUCUGCUGCUUGGAGCUCGCCUGGCUGGCGCAAGCUGGGGUGGACCCGAAGAAGCUGCAGCGCUUCCUCCGGCGGAGCGGGGUUCGCACAGCGGCCAAGGAGCGCCGGGAUGACGUCAACGGCCUCUACGACAGCACCAGAGAGGAGCUGGCAGAGGCGCUGGAGGAGCUGCUGGGGAGGCGCCCCCCGCACCUGCACCGGUGGGACAAGGAACGGCUCGUGAAGGCGCUCGAGGCGCUGGGCGAGACGGGCUCGUCCGGCUCGGGGAGCCAGCGGGGCACGCCGGGUCUGCCGCCCACCCUCGGCUGGCCUCUGCGCUCCUCCUCCUCUUCCUCCUCCUGCUCCUGCUCCUGCUCCUCCUGCUCCCGCUCUUCCUUCUCGUCGCCCUCCCCCUCCUCCUCCCCCUCCUCCUCCUCCUCCUCCUCC